ACCGAUCCCGCGCUCGCUCAGAUGGAGGCCAUCUACGGAGAGAUGGAGGUGGAGAGCUGCUACACGCUUCUGGAACUUCCUUCACCCAAGAAGAAACGCAAGAGCAAAGGCAGCGUGGAGAGCGCAGACAAACCCAAGAAGCCCAGGUCAGCGUAUCUGCUGUAUUACUUUGACGUGCAUCAGAGCGUCCAGCAGGAGCACCCGGACCUGCCGCAGUCUGAGAUCAACAAAUGCAUCAGCGACAGCUGGAAGAGGCUGAACGUGGCCGAUCGAGGUUUUUACCUGGAGAGAGCGCGCAUGGAGAAAGACGGCAUCGACCCGAGCAGCCAAUCAGCAGCUGCGCCCUCUCAGGACGUACCUGGUUUCCGCAAGAUCCUCCCGAGGGCCAAUUACGUGCUUCUGCCCAAGAGUUCAGCGGGAGGCGAACAGGUGGAGGGAGACGGCGAGCCGGAGGCGCUAGUGGAUGGAGCCCCUCGGGCCCCGGAGACGCUGGUGUCCCCCAUGACUCUGGGCAGUGAGGUGGAGCUGACGGAGCAGUGCAUCGCCAUCGAGGCGCUCAGUGAGGACGCACCGACCCAGAGCGCCACUGAAACACUACCAGCUCUGCUUGUGAAGAGGGAGGAGUCUCGGGUGACGUAUGGUGACGUUGGCAUGGCGAUAGAGAGUGGAAUGGAGGGCGGGGCUUUGAUGCCGCAGAUCAAAGCAGAUGCCACUCAUCUAGUCGCUAUAAUACCCAAUCAGAGUGUCUUGGAAAACAAAGUGAUUAACACAGCCAGUCCGAUAAUGAUGUUUCCAUUAGUGAGCAGUGUGAAACCAGAACCCAAACCCUCAUUUAAACUGCCCAUCAAAUACACACGGCGAGGACGGGGCAGCUGCACCACCCCCGGGUGUGUGUUUUCAUACGUCACCCGUCACAAACCGCCCCAGUGCCCUGACUGCGGACAACACCUCGGGGGGAAAUGGGUGGCAGCUGGUAAGAGAAGCUCGGUCAAAAGCUCUGAGCCGUCUUCAGGAAGGCAGUGUGUCGACUCCAAGCCUCGUCCGUCAGACCCUAACGAGACGUCAUCAAAAGACACAGAACGGACAGAAGAGCAGACAAGCGCAUCUGUUAUUACUCAGAAACCCUCUUCAGAUAAAGCUCCGGACGGCGGGACUGCGGCUGCUCGCAGGGCGGCCCGUAGAAAGAGAGAGCGGGUGAAUGCAUCGUCAGCCCAACAAACACCUGAUGGAUCCGCCGUCAAAACAUCUGCUGGAGCGCAGAGCGCCGAAUGCACAGCUGUGCUAUCAUUGGGUGCUGGGCAAAUUCAGGUUGUCACGAGAGAAAAAGCCAGCAGUGCUUUACAGAAACGCCGGAUACGAGCUAUUCUUCCAGCUCCUGCACAGAAUAAUGCGGCCGCUCAGUCUGCAGUUGUGCAAUGGAUCACGGUUCCUCCUGAGAAAGUCAAAUCAGACGCUACUGUCAUCAAAGCUGUGAAACCAUCAGCUAAUGAACAGAUCGCCGGACUGAAGCCCAGCACCCUCAAACAGCUGGGUCACAUGAUCACACCCAGUGCCUUACAACAGAAGCCCAUCACAGUCAGCAGUAACCAGUACAUCAUCACAGACAACGGCGUCAAGAUCCUCUCCAUGCUGCCCUUCAAGAAAACAGCUGGAUCCUCCCUAGCUCUGGGUUUGUCAACAGCGAGAGGUCGUGGUCGAUGUAAGAAUCCCGCGUGUGAUUACGUCUAUAAGAACAGACACAAACCUCAACGCUGUCCGACAUGCGGCUGUGAACUCAUCAACAAACUCACCAAGAAGAGCAAACUCACCCUGUCCGCUGAGGAUGCGUGUGCUUCUGCGCUUCUGUUGGAUGCGUCUCAUCCUCUGAGCAGCGCUCAGAAAGAGCAGCAGCGUCACUCCACCGUCGGUCUGCUGCGCUCCUGUCUGCAGUUCCCCGAGAGCGAGAGCGAGCUGCAGGACGUCUUCAGCCUCAUACAGCAGCUCAACGGCCAGCAGAAGCACAGCGAGGACAGCAGCGGAUGGCCGAGCUUCUUCGAGCCGGCGGCCACACACUGCAGUCUGUGUCAGGACCCGCUGCUCAAAGGAGACCAGAGUUCGCUUGCGGGGUUGGAGGAGUGCUGGUUGUUGACGGAGUGCUUGAUUCGUCCCGUCACUCUUCAGCUGAAAGUCUGUACGAAUCUCCAGUGUCUGGCCAUACACAGUUUCACAGACCUGCACCCGGGUCUGUUUAACGUGGGUAAUAAGCUGCUGGUGACGCUGGAUCUGUUUUUUAAGAUGAGACAUCAGAUCAGACUGGGCGAUGACCCCGCACACGCCGCUCUCAGUAUAAUCAAACACUCACUGACGCUCACAGACUGCGCGCUGAGCUCGGAUCAGCUGUCGCGUGUUCAGGACCUGUUCUGCAGCGGUUACUGGGCGUUUGAGUGUCUGACGGUUCGAGACUAUAACGACAUGAUCUGUGGCGUGUGUGGCAUCGCUCCCAAACUGGAGAUUGCACAACGCAACUCCAGCAACGUGCUGCUGCUCAAAAACGUGGAGUUCACAUGGCCGGAUUUCCAGGCGACGGAGGAGGUUCACGUCGAUGAGUUUUGGCUGACGAUGGAGAACGAGGCUCUGGAACAGGCAGCAUUUCCCUCCAGCUUUCCCAUCACGCGCUUCGACGCCUCUAUCAUCGCCCCGUUCAUCCCUCCUCUCAUGAGAAACACCACCGUCAUCAACACGGAGAAAGACAAAGUCACGUCUGACACGCAGCUCAGAGGGGACCCAUCUGUUCUGGUGCGUCUGAUUCAUGAGGGUCGUCUGAUUCCAAAUCAGAUGGAUGUUCACAGUGAAGAAGAGCUCAGAGACGUUCUGGAGAAGUGUGGGACUCCUGCUGCUGCAGACGCUGAUAAAGACGAGCUGCUGGCGUCUGUGUCUUUGUUGUAUUCACACUCACAGAACGGCCUGUGGACGGCACAGCAGCCCGGCGCGCUCCUGACGGCAGGCCGAGUCAGUAAAGUGUGUCCUCAUCAGGUGGUGUGCGGAUCCAAGUACAUCGUCCGCAGAGAAAGCGCUCGAGAUCAUCUGGACCUGCUGGUUUCGUCCAGGUUUUGGCCGCCGGUGUAUGUGGCAGAUUGUGCCCAGAAGGUGGCGCUCUGCACUGAUGUAUUAUAUCCUGAACUGGCCUCACAGAUGUGGGGGAAAAAUCAGGGAUGUUUCUCUGACCCUACCACACCGCCACAGUACGUCUCCUGCUCGGAGCUUCAGGACCAGCCGUACAGUUUGGAUCUGACAGCGACCGAGUCCAACCCUCAUCUGCACCCGCUCACCAAAUCCACCUCUCGCUGGAUCGUGCGACCCGACGCACCGGACGCCCUCCACGACGCCCACCACGCCAUCAGCCUCUGCAAAGAGCUGGAGCCGUACACCGGCGCCGUCGCAGAGAUCUGUGACGACCCCGAGGGUGAAACCAGCAUCAACGACAGCAGCGCGACGGCAGUUCGGCGUAAAGCUCUCACGUUCGAUAACGCAGCGUACUACUACCUCUAUAACCGCCUGCUGGACUUCCUGAGCAGCAGAGACAUCGUGAACCAGCAGAUCGCGGAGGCGCUGAACACCUGUCAGCCGGGAGAGGUGGUGAUGAUCAGAGACGCCCUCUACAGGCUGGGAGUCGCACAGAUCAACUCGGACCCGCAGGAAACAGCAGACGGAGGACUGGACAAACACUCAGAUGGAGUUGUGUUCGAGGAGGUCAUGCUCAUCUGACUCAGGUUUACUCAACAUUUUAAAAAUAAAAAAGACAAAAUGUGCUUGCGAAUCGUUUUUUAUUUUAUAUUUUGGUUUAUAUAUAUAUAUA